GUAAUACACAAUUGCAGUGCAAACAAAAAAUAGUCAUUCAUCUUUUUUAGAGUGUCAAAUCAUUCUGGGUGUUAGGUUACACAAGGAAGCAUAAAUCUCAAGGAAAGUAGGCAGGCAGAGACUCAUUUGUCCACAUUAAGAGACUCUGUUGACUCCAUGGUUAAAAUACAAGAUCUAGAAGCUGCAGAGAUGACAGCGGAUGCUGAAAAACUCGUAAAAGCCAUCUUGAAAGGGGAGUCUAGCCAUGUAAGUGAUGUCAUCAAAGAAUUCAAAUCCAAAGGAAAACCACUGGAGACAGUUGUUAAAACAAAGUUAAGCAUUAACGAUCUUCGAAGUAUACAAAAUGUGAGUGAGUCGAAUACAGCUUUGAUAUCAUGGAUAGCCUUGAGUGGACUGAAAACAAUGACACCAUUCCAUAUUGCUGGUCUGGUUGAUGGGCGUACAAUCGUGGAGGUAUUCUUAGAAGAGACUAACAUUGAUGUGGACUAUCGCACACCUGAUAACAUUACAAUCUUACACCUAGCUAGCUUCGCAGGCUAUCUGGCACUAGUUGAAACUCUUGUCAAUGUGUACAAGGCAGACUUGACACUCGAAGAUGAUUGGGGCAGGGUCGCAACACAUUACGCAGCUGCAGGAGGCCACUUAGCGGUCGUAAAAUAUCUUGUAUCCAAAAAAGCUGAUCCCAUAGUGAGGGAUAAAGCUGGGAGAACAGCUGUAAUGUAUGCCUGGGAUAAACAAAAAUAUGAUGUUGUAGAAUACCUGCAGACCUUUGAUGGGGGUCAUGAGGAAGGUCAUGUCCCUAUGUAUGGUACACCUCAAGGCGAGUUUGUGAGGCUACCUUUUAAUGCUGGUACAGACCCUGUAGACCCCCCAAAGGAAGUCUUCAGAUCAAACCCAAUUUACGACUACAAUGCUGAGGCGAUUGAGACAAACAUGAAAGCAAUGAAUGUGGGAGACAACACUGCAAAGGAAGGUGAAUCAACAUCUGAUGACAUAUUGGGCCCCGCUACUCAAAUGCAUUUAUUUGAGCGGCCAGCUAUCCCAAAGGAUAACAUCAAACACCCCAACCCUGAAGACACAGAGAUCCCUCCCUGGAAACAUUACGACAUCCCACCACGUAAAGUGUUCACCAAGGCAGAACUUGCAAAGAGGAAAAAGGAAGCUGAAAAAAGGAAGAGCAAAAAGAAACAUAAAUUGUAUGAUGAGCUAGAUAAAUUUCCUGAUUAUUCUGACCACAUGUAUGCAGAUGAGGAGCCUCAAUAUCCUUUUGCUGAACUUCAUCCCCAACCCAUGCAGCAAUACUUUGACCCACAAUACUACUACGAUGACCAGGCUCCAGCCUAUCCCAUAUAUACUCAGUCUAUACAAAGAAAUAUCGAACAGAGGCCACCACUGUUCUCUUAUCAAGAAGAUGAGUAUCCGGAACCUGAGAGAGAAAUAAUCUACACUAUUCCCCAGCCCUCUACUUCAGAGCCUGUGAGGGUCAUCCAAGAUCCACAAAGGAUUAUUCAAGAGCCACAAAGGAUUAUACAAGAGCCACCUAGAAUUAUCAGAGAACAAAGAGUAAUCAAUGAGCCACCAAGAGUCAUUCGUGAGCCUCCAAGAGUCAUUCGUGAGCCACCAAGAGUCAUCCACGAGCCUCCAAGAGUCAUUCAUGAGCCAUCAAGAGUCAUCCAUGAGCCUUCAAGAGUCAUCUAUGGGCCUUCAAGAGUCAUUCAUGAGCCACCAAUUUCUAGAGCUGUAUCUCAUAGGCCUGAUGUGAUUGAAGAAAGAAGGGAAGUCUUAAGACCACAUGUGGAGGUGAUGAGAAGACCUACAACUAGAGUGCUUCCAGAUGGCGUUGUGGUCCAGCAAUACCCAAUACAACCACCAGAAAAUGGCAUACCAACUCGGACAAUAAGAAAAAUCCCUCCUCCAAGACAGAGUGAAAGGGAUGGAAGGAGAGAUCCAUACCUGUAUGGUCAAGCACCUGGACCAACACAAGAACUCUAUAGGCCUCCACAGGAUAGAUACUCCAGGUCUUCCUCAAAUUAUGUCAGAAAAAGCCAAAAUGAGGACUCAAGGAGACAUUAAAGUUGUAAAGUAGGGAAAAGUGAAUAAAAUAUCAUUAACAUAGUAAAAGUGUAAAAUAUGUGCAUAAUUUAACCAAGCGAUAAAAUUGGUUGCCACAUAUGUACAUGGAGAGAUACGAUAUAUAAUAUAUGUAAGUACAUGUGUGCUAUAUGUACAUGCACAGGUAUGCUAUAUAUGUAUGUACAUGUGUGCUAUAUGUACAUGCAUAGGUAUGC